AUGGGUCCAGAAAAUGAGACACAAAUUUCAGAAUUCCUUCUGCUGGGACUUUCAGAGGACCCAGAACUGCAGCCCCUCAUCUUUGGGCUUUUCCUCUCCAUGUACCUGGUCACUGUCCUGGGGAACCUGCUCAUCAUCCUGGCCACCAUCUCAGACUCCCACCUGCACACGCCCAUGUACUUCUUCCUCUCCAACCUGUCCUUUGUGGACAUCUGCUUCACCUCCAACACCAUCCCAAAGAUGCUGAUGAACAUCCAGACACAGAGCAAGGCCAUUACCUAUGCAGGCUGCAUCACCCAGAUGCAGUUUUCCAUACUCUUUGCAGGGCUGGACAUUUUUCUUCUGACUGUGAUGGCCUAUGACCGCUUUGUGGCCAUCUGCCAUCCUCUGCACUACAUGGUCAUCAUGAACUCCCAGCGAUGUGGGUUGUUGGUUCUGGUGUCCUGGAUCAUGAGUGCUCUUCAUUCGCUGUUACAAGUUUUAAUGGUGUUGCAGCUCUCGUUCUGCACUGAUGUGGAAAUCCCCCACUUUUUCUGUGAGCUUAAUCACCUGGUCCACCUUGCCUGCUCUGACACCUUUGUCAAUGAGGUGGUGAUGUAUGUUGUUGCGGUCUUGCUGGCUGGUGGUCCCCUCGCUGGCCUUCUUUACUCGUACUCCAAGAUUGUUUCCUCCAUCCGUGCAAUCUCUUCAGCUCAGGGCAGGUAUAAAGCCUUCUCCACCUGUGCUUCUCACCUCUCUGUGGUCUCCUUAUUUUAUUUUACGAGCCUAGGUGUGUAUCUCAGUUCUGCUGUGACCCAGAACUCACGCUCUACUGCAACAGCCUCAGUGAUGUACAGCGUGGUCACCCCCAUGCUGAACCCCUUCAUCUACAGUCUGAGGAAUAAGAACCUCAAGAGUGCUCUGAGGAGACUCUGUGAGAGAGAAUAUAUGAAAUCAUCAGUUGUGCUGAGACUGAAGAUGUGCCCAUAA